UGUAUUUAAAAACUUUCUUUACCAUCUUGAGUCUAGCAACAAAACAGAUAUACGACAAUGCAGCAUGGGUGAGGCAUCUGCUGAUUUAGAUAUACCGUCUGAUGAGUUAAAAGAAUUUUCAAAUUCUGAAGAUGUGAAGCCACUUCUAUCUACAGUAUUUUCAUCUUCUUUUGACAUAAAAACAGAAUUAUCAUUUUUAACUUCAGAGGAUGUUAAAAACACUGUUAUGCAAGAAUUUUCAUCUUCUAAAGACACAAAGCAAGAAUGUACACCAUUUUCAUUUUUUUAUGAUGGAAAACACAAUAUGACAUUUCUAACUUCUCAAGGUGUAAAAGCCGGAUUUUUAAUUCAUGAACAUACGAAACCUGCUUUAUCAGCAGUGUGUACAAGAUCUGAAGAUGUAAAACCAGAAUUAGCAAUGUUAUCAACUAGUGAAGAUAUGAAACUAAAACUAGGAACUUUAUCAACCAACAAAAAUAUAAAACCAGAAUUAACAACUUUAUCAACUAGUGAAAAUAUAAAACCACAAUUUGAAACUUUAUCAUCUACUGAAGAUAUAAAUCCAGAAUUAGAAACUUUAUCAACCGACAAAGAUAUAAAACCAGAUUUAUGGACAAAAUGUUUAGAUUUUAAGGACAAACAACAAAAUGAACUUGAAGAAAAGCUAAAACUCUCUGAAGACAAAACAUAUCUGUCUGUUGAUCCUCAUGAUCAUCAUGAACAGUUUUUUCAAAGAUCUAACUUGAAUAAACAAGCUCAAGUAGGGGAGAAGCCACUUGAAUGUGAUGCUUGCCAUAAAAGGUUUUCAGAUAGUUCUAGGUUAAAUGAACAUAAAAAAGUUCAUUCUAGAAAUAAGCCACAUGAAUGUGAUGUUUGUCAUAAAAAGUUUUAUUACACUUCUCAUUUAUAUACACAUAAAAGAGUUCAUUCAGGAGAUAAACCAUUUGAAUGUGAUGUUUGUCAAAAAAAGUUUUCUAGCAAUUCUCAUUUAACAAUACACAAAAGAGUUCAUUCAGGAGAUAAGCCAUAUGAAUGUGAUGAUUGUCAUAAAAAGUUUUCUAAUAGUUCUGCUCUAAGCAGCCACAAAAAAAUACAUUUACUAGUUAAACAUUAUGAAUGUGAUGUUUGUCAUAAAAAGUUUUCUAUGAAUUCGUAUUUAACGGAACACAAAAGACUUCAUUCAGGAGAUAAACCAUUUGAAUGUGAUGUUUGUCAUAAAAGGUUUUCACACAAAUCUGGUCUAAGCCACCAUAAAAUAGUUCAUUCAGAAGAUAAACCAUUUGAAUGUGGUGUUUGUCAUAAAAAGUUCUCAGACAGUUCUAGUUUAAGUAAACAUAAAAAAGUUCUGGUCUAAGCCACAAUAAAAUUGUUCAUUCUGGUGUUAAACGAUAUGAAUGUGAUGUUUGUUAUUAAAAGUUUUCUCAGUUCUAGUUUAUAUACACACAAAAGAAAUCAUUCAGGAGAUAAACCAUAUGAAUGUGAUGUUUGUCAUAAAAAUGUUUCAUCCAGUUCUAGUUUAAGUAUGCACAAAGAUAAUCAUGCUAGAGAUAAAUUAUAUAAAUCUGAUGUUUGUCAUGAAAACUUUACGGAAAAUAGCGAUUAAUCAUAUGUUAACAUUAUUUUAAUUAAUAUAUAUUAAUAAUAGGAUAAUCUGUAAGUUCUACUUCUUGGUCACUUAUAUAUAUUUAUAUAUAUAUAUAUAUAUAUAUAUAUGCAAAUAUUGCAAAAUGUUCAUUGCAUAAAUUUUAAUGUAGUUAAAAGGUAAAAGCAGAUUGUUCUUAAUCCUUAUAUUUAAAAGCACACUUCUCUUUUGAAUGUAGAAACGCAAUUUUAAAAUUUAAUUAUACAACUGGAAAAGUCUUUAUAGUUGUGACAAGAACGCAAUAAACAAUGAGUCACAUGCUACAUGUUUACACUAUGGAAAGAACACAACACUAAUGAUAUCAUCUUCUGAUUUUAGAAUAUAAAGAAAUGAACUACUUCAUUCAAACUUGAUUUAGAUCUAGAUUCUUAAAUCUACUUUUCAAGAUGUACGCUGUGAAAUAUAUCAAAAUUUCUUGGUCAAACUAAAACACAUUAUUUUAAACAACAUAAUGAUCAUUUGUGUUUAAUGGAAUCAUUAAGUCUCCUAAUCAGUGUAUGGAUUUAAUAUGGUGUUCUGUUGACUAAUAAUGUAUAGCCUUUAAUUUGCUUUUAUUUUUCUAAAAGGUAUUGGUAGCCUAUGUUAUUUUAAAUGUAUUGGAGUUUUAGCUAUUUAGUUAUUUAUUUGCAUGGUCACUAAUAUUGUUCAACGUGUAGUAAAGUACAUUGCAUUUUGACCAAUAACUAUUUUAUACGCUAUUUUUCUCAAACAUGUAUAAUAUUAAAAAUAUUUAGGCCUAUAAUUCACGGGUACCGAUGGCUAGUAAAUUAUAAUAGUAAAAUUACCCAUUUUUUACCAUUCCUACAGCUAUACAUUUAUAGUUGAUCUUUGUCAGAUUCUAAUGCUUGAAACAUUAACACCACAUACAAGUUAUAAAUUAAAAGUCAAGAAGACAAAACCUGCAGUGGUUAUGUUUUGACAUUUUUGUAUUGUAUUUUUAGUAUAAUUUAUGCUUUGUUGUGUUCAAUUGUUCAAAUAUUGAAACACAAAUAGAAAACAUUUUAAUCUUCAAUUCAUUCAUAAUCUGUAUAUAUUAAUUAUAGGAUAGCAUGUUUUAGUUCUACUUCUAGGUCACUUGUCUGUAUUUUGGUAUUUAUGCAAAAACUGCUAAAUUAAAGUUCAUUGCAUACGUUUGAUUGGAAUUAAAAGGUAAUAGCUGACUUUUCUUAUAAAUUAUAAUAGUAGAACUAGCCAAUUUAGACCAUCCUUGCAGCUAAACAUUUAUAGUUCAAUUUUUUCUUUAGUGUCAGCCUGAGAAGUGUAAGUGGGUUCAUUCCUUAAAACAACUAUCAGUUUCUAAUGCUUGACACUAUCCCACUUUCUUUUCUAUUUGCAAACAGUCACACCACAUACAAGUUACAAACUAAAAGGCAAUAAAGACUGUAAUAGUUAUAGAUAUUUUUGGUAUCCUAUUUUUAGCAUAUUUUACGCUGUGUUGUGUUUAAUUUUAUUUUCUUUAUUUUUUAAAACAUUUUAAUGAAAAUGUUACUGUAGUAAAUUGCUAUGGGUUGU